AGUGGACUGAUAGUAGAGCAGCUGAUGGCAGCUUCCUCUGCCUCACACUGCUGUCUGACUGCAUUCAGCUGACACUGAGAUGAAGCAGGAAAGAAGCAGCUGAUAUUUGGACAGCACACAUGAUGGAAAGGAGGAUUUCAGUUGAUGUGCACAUGAAUGAUUUGUGUUUCCUCUGCAGGUAGAAAGUGUGUGUGAGCUGAAUUGAGCAGCAUGGAUCAGUGUGAGGACAGAGAGGAGGGAGUCCCUCCCUCUAAAAGCACUCUGUGUGGGGAACAUGAGAGCCAGACCAAAGCUAGUGACACGUCUAAAGGUGCCAUCGUUAAUUUUAAAGUCCAGCCUGUGUCUGUUGCAGAGAGAGUGGACCAGCAGAGCUCAGAGGUUCCCAGUGGUCAGUCUGCCCAGCAGCAUCAAACACAGCUGGACUCCAUAUUUAUGUUGCUGGAGGACAACAUCAUCACUUUUGUGAAGAACGAGCUGAAGAAGAUCCAGAAGGUUCUGAGCCCAGAUUACCCAGAAUGCUUAGCGAGUCAGAGGAGCAGCAGCAGAGAGGCAUUUGUGAAGAUCACAGUGGACUUCUUGAGGAGAAUGAAGCAGCAGGAGCUGGCUGACCAUCUGCAGAGCAAACUUCAAGCUGCAGUUUGUCAUCGUAACCUUAAAUCUGCGUUGAAGAAGAAGUUCCAGUGUGUGUUUGAGGGCAUCCCUAAAGCAGGAAACCCAACCCCUCUGAAUCAGAUCUACACAGAGCUCUACAUCACAGAGGGAGGGACUGCAGAGGUCAAUGAUGAACAUGAGGUCAGACAGAUUGAAACAGCAUCCAGGAAACCAGACAGACCAGAAACAACAAUCAGACAAGAAGACAUCUUUAAAGCCUCACCUGGAAGAGAUGAACCAAUCAGAACAGUGCUGACAAAGGGAGUGGCUGGCAUUGGGAAAACAGUUUUAACACAGAAAUACACCCUGGACUGGGCUGAAGACAAAGCCAACCAGGACAUCCAGUUCAUAUUUCCAUUCACUUUCAGAGAGCUGAAUGUGCUGAAAGAGGAAAAGUUCAGCUUGGUGGAACUUGUUCAUCACUUCUUUACUGAAACCAAAGAAGCAGGAAUCUGGAGCUUUGAAGACUUCCAGGUUGUGUUCAUCUUUGAUGGUCUGGAUGAGUGUCGACUUCCUCUGGACUUCCACAAAACUACAAUCCUAACUGACCCUAGAAAGUCCACCUCAGUGGAUGUGCUGCUGACAAACCUCAUCAGGGGGAAACUGCUUCCCUCUGCUCGCCUCUGGAUAACCACACGACCUGCAGCAGCCAAUCAGAUCCCUCCUGACUGUGUUGGCAUGGUGACAGAGGUCAGAGGGUUCACUGACCCACAGAAGGAGGAGUACUUCAGGAAGAGAUUCAGAGAUGAGGAGCAGGCCAGCAGGAUCAUCUCCCACAUCAAGACGUCACGAAGUCUCCACAUCAUGUGCCACAUCCCAGUCUUCUGCUGGAUCACUGCUACAGUUCUGGAGGAUGUGCUGGAAACCAGAGAGGGAGGACAGCUGCCCAAGACCCUGACUGAGAUGUACAUCCACUUCCUGGUGGUUCAGGCCAAAGUGAAGAAGGUCAAGUAUGAUGGAGGAGCUGAGACAGAUCCACACUGGAGUCCAGAGAGCAGGAAGAUGAUGGAGUCUCUGGGAAAACUGGCUUUUGAUCAGCUGCAGAAAGGAAACCUGAUCUUCUAUGAAUCUGACCUGACAGAGUGUGGCAUCGAUAUCAGAGCAGCCUCAGUGUACUCAGGAGUGUUCACACAGAUCUUUAAAGAGGAGAGAGGACUGUACCAGGACAAGGUGUUCUGCUUCAUCCAUCUGAGUGUUCAGGAGUUUCUGGCUGCUCUUCAUGUCCAUCUGACCUUCAUCAACUCUGGACUCAAUCUGAUGGAACAACAACAAACAACCUCCAAGAAAUCUAAACUAUUUAACAAACCAAAACUCCAAUCUCUCUACCAGACUGCUGUGAACAAGGCCUUACAGAGUCCAAAUGGACACCUGGACUUGUUCCUCCGCUUCCUCCUGGGUCUUUCACUGCAGACCAAUCAGACUCUCCUUAGAGGUCUGCUGACACAGACAGGAAGUAGCUCACAGACCAAUAAGAAAACAGUCCAGUACAUCAAGAAGAAGCUCAGUGAGAGUCUGUCUGCAGAGAAAAGCAUCAAUCUGUUCCACUGUCUGAAUGAACUGAAUGAUCGUUCUCUAGUGGAAGAGAUCCAACAGUCCCUGAGAUCAGGACGUCUCUCCACAGAUAAACUGUCUCCUGCUCAGUGGUCAGCUCUGGUCUUCAUCUUACUGUCAUCAGAAAAAGAUCUGGAUGUGUUUGACCUGCAGAAAUACUCUGCUUCAGAGGAGGCUCUUCUGAGGCUGCUGCCAGUGGUCAAAGUCUCUAAAAAAGCUCUACUGAGUGGCUGUAACCUCUCAGAGAGAAGCUGUGAUGCUCUGUCCUCAGUUCUCAACUCCCAGUCCGCUAGUCUGAAAGAGCUGGACCUGAGUAACAAUGACCUGUGGGAUUCAGGAGUGAAGCUUCUGUCUGCUGCACUGCAGAGUCCACAUUGUACACUGGAAACUCUCAGACUGUGUCACUGUGACCUGUCAGAGAGAAGCUGUGAAGCUCUGGCCUCAGCUCUCAGCUCUCAGACCUCUAAUCUGAGAGAGCUGGACCUGAGUAACAUUAACCUGAAGGAUUCAGGCGUGAAGCUUCUGUCUGAAGGACUGAAGAGUCCACACUGUACACUGGAAACUCUCAGUCUGUCAGGCUGUCUGAUCACAGAGGAAGGCUGUACUUCUCUGGCCUCAGCUCUGAGCUCCAACCCCUCCCAUCUGAGAGAGCUGGACCUGAGCUACAAUCAUCCAGGAGACUCAGGAAUGAAGCUGCUGUCGGCUGGAAAGAAGGAUCCAGGCUGGAGACUGGACACUCUCAGGGUGGAGCCUGCUGGAGGCCGAUGGUUGAGACCAGGUCUGAGGAAGUAUUCCUGUCAACUCACAAUCGACACAAACACAGUGAACACAAAGCUCCAACUGUCUGACAACAACAGGAAGGUGACACAUGUGGAGGAUGUUCAGUCAUAUCCUGAUCAUCCAGACAGAUUUGAUGUUUAUCAACAGCUGCUGUGUAGAAAUGGUCUGACUGGUCGCUGUUACUGGGAGGUCGAGUGGAGAGGAGACGUUUUUAUGUCAGUGAGUUACAGAAGAAUCAGUAGGAAAGGAGGCAGUGUGUUUGGAUACAAUGAUCAGUCCUGGAGUCUGGAGUGCUCUGAUGAUGGUCCUCAGUCUGUCUGGCACAAUAAGAAACAAACACGCAUCUCCUCCUCCUCCUCCUCCUCCUCCUCCUCUGUCUCUAACAGAGCAGCAGUGUAUGUGGACUGUCCUGCUGGCACUCUGUCCUUCUACAGAGUCUCCUCUGACACUCUGAUCCACCUCCACACCUUCAACACCACAUCCACUCAAACUCUUUAUCCUGGGUUUGCAUUGUCUCCUGGUGCCUCAGUGUUCCUGUGCUGA